AUGGUCUCCCUGCCCUAUCCCUCUGAGCUCCAUGGUGCCCUGAGUGCUCCUUGUCUCUGCUGCAGGAAGGGAAAGGACCAGUUUGACAACUUAGAAAAACACACACAGUGGGGUAUUGAUGUUCUGGAAAAGUACAUCAAGUUUGUAAAAGAAAGAACAGAGAUUGAACUCAGCUAUGCAAAGCAGCUUAGGAAUCUUUCGAAGAAAUACCAACCCAAGAAGAACUCCAAAGAGGAGGAAGAAUACAGGCUAUGCUGGCCAAAAUUUUGCUUGCUUAGACAGGAUUUUGCCAGGUACACAUCAACUAGAGCCUUCCUAGCCACUUUAAAUGAAAUGAAUGACUAUGCUGGACAGCACGAGGUCAUUUCAGAGAACAUGACCUCUCUGAUCACUGCAGAGUUAACACGCUACGUGCAGGAGCUGAAACAGGAGAGGAAAUCGCAUUUCCACGAUGGCAGAAAGGCACAACAGCACAUUGAAACUUGCUGGAAACAACUUGAAGCAAGUAAAAGGCGGUUUGAACGUGAUUGCAAAGAAGCUGAUCGAGCACAGCAGUAUUUUGAGAAAAUGGAUGCUGACAUCAACGUGACAAAAGCAGAUGUUGAAAAGGCAAGACAGCAAGCCCAGCUGAGACAUCAGAUGGCAGAAGACAGCAAAGCUGAAUAUUCUUCCACCCUACAGAAGUUCAACAGUGAGCAGCAUGAGCAUUACUACACACACAUACCAAACAUCUUCCAGAAAAUACAGGAGAUGGAAGAAAGAAGAAUUGUGAGGAUAGGUGAAUCCAUGAAAACCUUUGCAGAAGUCGACCGCCAGGUGAUCCCCAUCAUUGGGAAGUGUCUGGAUGAGAUAACAAAGGCUGCAGAGUCAGUGGAUCACAAGAAUGAUUCCCAGAUGGUAAUAGAAGCCUUUAAAUCAGGGUUCGAGCCUCCAGGAGAUGUUGACUUUGAGGAUUUCACACAGCCCAUGAAGAGGACGGUGUCUGAAUCCAGCCUUUCCAACUCCAGAGGGGAUGGGAAGUCAGAGCCCAAGUUUGGUAGCAAAUCCAAGGGCAAGUUAUGGCCAUUCAUCAAGAAAAAUAAGCUUAUGUCCCUUUUAACAUCCCCCCAUCAGCCCCCUCCUCCUCCCCCUGCCUCUGCCUCACCCUCUGCUGUUCCCAACGGCCCCCAGUCUCCCAAGCAGCAAAAGGAACCCCUCUCCCAUCGCUUCAACGAGUUCAUGACCUCCAAACCCAAAAUCCACUGCUUCAGGAGCCUAAAGCGUGGGCAGACACAGUCUUUGUAUAUUCACAAAGAACUCAUGAAGAGGACUUUAGGGACACCCACGUGUGCCGUUGAGGCUAGGGAAUAUGUUGUAAGUCUGAGUAUGGGAGCAGGCCCAGAAGACUUCAGCAAUCUCCCACCUGAGCAGAGAAGAAAGAAGCUUCAGCAAAAGGUCGAUGAACUAAACAGGGACAUUCAGAAAGAGAUGGAUUCAAGAGAUGCCUUAACCAAGAUGAAAGAUGUGUACAUCAAGAACCCCCAGAUGGGAGACGCAGCGAGCGUGGACCACAGAUUGGCAGAGCUUGGGCAGAACAUUGAAAAGCUGCGGUUAGAAGUUCAGAAAUUUGAGGGCUGGCUGGCAGAGGUGGAGGGGCGGCUGCCGGCGCGGACGGAGCAGCCCCGGCGCCAGAGCGGGGUCUAUGAGGCCCAGAACCCAUCAGGAGUGAACAGCUGUGCCCAGGACCGUGAGAGCAGCCCCGAUGGCAGUUACACAGAAGAGCAAAGCCAGGAGACUGAGAUGAAAGUACCUGCAACAGACUUUGAUGAUGAGUUUGAUGAUGAAGAACCACUACCCACCAUAGGAACAUGUAAAGCUCUCUAUACAUUUGAAGGUCAGAAUGAAGGAACAAUCUCUGUAGCAGAAGGAGAGAUGCUCUAUGUAAUAGAAGAAGACAAGGGUGACGGGUGGACACGAAUCCGAAGGAACGAAGAUGAGGAGGGCUAUGUCCCCACAUCCUAUGUUGAAGUCUAUUUGGACAAAAAUGCCAAAGAUGUGCACAAACCACUUCAGAAAAUCUCUGAGUAGGUUU